AUGUCGACGCGAUGGAGCUUAUGUGAUAGUUGGGAAAUCGCGAGGAGGUGCAGAGGGAAGAAGUAUCGGGACAACACCGAUCCAGGGGGCGAUCAUGGAGGAAGAGGUCGAUGUCUGCGACGGACAUCACCGGCGAGAAAUGAUGAAGUUCAAAUUAUCGGAGGAACCGCAGAAGGUCUUGGUCUUCAACGUCAGAAUCGCGCCUCCACCGGUGACACUAAUCGACCGUCAUCGUCUCUGCCGCCGGCUGUUGCGUCGCCGGCUGUCUCUCCUCAUUGUGACGAUUCAGUUUUCCCCCUGAAAAUGAUCCAGGUUUGUUUAGGAAAAGAUUCCUCUGCAGUUGAAAAGAUCUGA